GGAGAAUGCGCACGCAGCCUCGACGUGGUUAUUGGUUCUUUGGGCCGGAAUCAGUUCUUUAUCUGAGGUCAGGCCAGGCCUGGCGCCCAAUUCCAGGACCCGACCUGUGACCAAGUCUGCUAGGUCCCUUUUGCUGAUUCUGUCUUCUUGUUCACAUCAACCCUGCAGUGAUUCUACAGGUGUCCAGGCUUGGGCACUAGCAGGAGGGUUCCCUACUGAGAUCUGACCACCAGGAUGAAGUGACCUUGCCCCUGAUCUCUCAGGCCUUGGGGACCUGGAAUCCAUCCCAAGAGGAGAGACCACUGACCUGAAACUUUUGGCCAGAGUGUCUGAGCAGAACCUAGAACAAGUACUGGAGUGACAUUGGAACAUUGAGAACCUAGUGAGGACUGGAUGACUUUGAAGAAUUUGAUCUCGAUCCUUGAGGAGAAAGCUCUGCAUUCGCAAGACUUUGCCCUUCCUUAACAGGAGAGCACUGAGCAGAAGAGAAUGAACUCUGGGCUCCUGACCACCAGAUCCCAGGAAUCAUUGACAUUCAAGGAUGUGGCUGUGGACUUUACCCAGGAAGAGUGGGGGCAAUUGGAUCCUGGUCAGAAGUAUCUGUAUAAAGAUGUAAUGCUGGAAAACUAUAGAAACCUGGUCUCAGUGGGAUAUCAAGUUUAUAAACCAGAUUUGAUAUCCCAGUUGGAGCAAGGAAAAGAACCUUGGAUUGUAGAAAAAGCUAUCCCAAAAGGUGCCUUCCCAGACUGGGAGAUUAGACCUGAAAUCAGGAGGUUAAUUCCAAAGCAGAACAUUUCUGAAGAGGAAUCAUCCCAGAAGGUAGAAGUGGAAGGAUUCACACGAGACUGUGUAUGUUACUCUAAGUCAGGUGAAACCUGGAGAUUUAAAGACCAGUCUGUCAUCCCACAAGAAAUACAUGAAAAAUAUCUAAAACAAAUGAGAGUUGCCCCAAACAAAAUCCUACAUGGGAAGAAAAAUCCUGCAAGUAAUCAGCUUAAUAUCGGCUCGGUCUUUAUUAUGGAACAGAGCAUUUCCACUAGAGAGAGAUACCAUAAGUAUGAUAUAUGUCGGAAAACUUUUAACUGUAAUUCAUACUUAAUAAGUCAUCAGACAGUCUGUAUACCAAAGAAAUCUUAUGAAUGUACUGAAUGUAGGAAAAUUUUCAGUAAGGGUGCUCUCCUUAAAAAACAUUCUAGAGUCCAUACUAAUGAGAAACCCUUUGAAUGUAAUAUCUGUGAAAAAGCUUUCAGGAAUACUACACUCCUUAUACAACACCAGAGAAUCCAUACUGGAGAGAAACCUUAUAAAUGUAAUGAAUGUGGAAAAGCUUUCAACCAAAAAACAGGUCUUACUCGACAUAAAAGAAUUCAUACUGGAGAAAAACCUUAUGAAUGCAAAGAAUGUGGGAAAGCUUUCAGAUGGAGUACACAGCUAAUUCAACAUCAGAGAAUUCAUACUGGAGAGAAACCCUAUAAAUGUAGUGAAUGUGAGAAAACUUUUAAUCAGAAGGCAGAAUGUGUUCAACAUGGGAGAAUUCAUACUGGAGAGAAACCCUAUAAAUGUAGCGAAUGUGGCAAAGCCUUCAGAUACAGUACAAACCUAACUCAACAUCAGAGAAUUCAUACUGGAGAGAAACCCUAUGAAUGUAAUGAAUGCAGAAAAGCAUUUUCCGAUAGGUCAUCCUUUAACAAACAUGAAAGGAUCCAUACUGGAGAGAAGCCCUAUAAAUGUAAUAAGUGUGGGAAAGGUUUCAUUCGACGUGCAGACCUUACCCUACAUUACAGAACUCAUACUGGUGAGAAACCUUAUGAAUGUAAUGAAUGUGGAAAAGCCUUCAGCUUGCCCUUUAACAGAACUGCACACCUUAAAUUACAUCAGAGAAUUCAUACUGGAGAGAAACCCUAUCAAUGUAAUGAAUGUGGGAAGACCUUCAACCAGAAUGCACACCUUACUCAACAUCGGAAAGUUCAUAUUAGAGGUGAUCCCUAUACGUGUAGUGAGUGUAAGAAAACUUUCCGUCACCCAUCAUCCCUUGUUCAACAUCAGAGAAUUCAUACUGGAGAGAGACCUUAUAAGUGUUAUGAAUGUGGACUAACUUUCAGGCUAUAUGUAUAUCUUACUCUACACCAGAGAAUCCAUACUGGAGAAAAACCCUAUAAAUGUAAUGAAUGUGGGAGAACAUUCAGAUUGCGUUCAAUCCUCAAUCAACAUCAGAAAAUACAUACUGGAGAAAAACCCCAUAAAUGUAAUGAAUGUGGAAAAGCCUUCAGUCGAAUUUCAUUCCUCACUGGACAUCAAAGAAUUCAUACUGGAGAGAAUCCCUAUGUCUGUAAAGAAUGUGGGAAGGCCUUCAAACAGAGAUCAUCCCUUAACCAACAUCGGAGAAUCCAUACUGGAGAGAGACCCUAUAAAUGUAAUGUCUGUGGAAGAGCUUUUACUGGCCGGACACAAUUUAAGCAGCAUUACAGAAGGCAUACUGGAGAGAGACCCUAUAAAUGUAAUGAAUGUGGGAAAGCCUUCAGUGGGACUCCAUUCCUCAAAAGACAUCAGAAACUUCAUACUGGAGAGAGACCUUAUAAAUGUGAUAAAUGUGAAAAGACUUAUAGGCUGGAAGAAAAUCUUGUGCAACAUCAGAGAAUCCAUUCUAAAGUGAAACCCUACAAAUGCAUUGAAUGUGGGAAAGCCUUUGCCUAUAGAACAUGCCUUACUCGACAUGAAAGAAUACAUAAUAGAGAGAAAUCCUAUGAAUCUGGGAAAACUUCCAGUCAAAUUUCAUACCUUACCCAACAUCAGAGAAGUACUAGAAAGAAAUCCCAUGAAUGUAUUGAAUGUGGGAAAACUUUCAGUUACAGGGCAGCCUACAUCAGACAUCAGAAACUUCACAGUGGAGAAUAACCAUGUGAAAAACAGGAAAACUGCUUUUAGUUUCUGUAAUUUCAUCUGGAGUUGAAAGGCAAAAGUCCUUUUUGCUAUUUCUCUCUCCCUUAAACAUUUUGACUACUACCCAGAAACUGCAAACUUUCCCACCUGAGUGGGAUGUGUGCUAUUCUACAGAGAAAAAUGAAAAACAUUUACUUGAGGCUUUAUAAAGAAAACUAUUAAAACAACUAAACCUCAUUCCUUAAAGGAAACAAUCUAACUUAAUAGGAACCCUUUAGAACAAUGGAAAUGAACAGAUACAAUUUUCGUGUGAAUUGAAAAACUGAUAUAAACAAAAAUAAUAAGCCAAAUUUUUUGUUGAUAUAUGCAUACUUAUAAUUGGAAGCUACAUUCCUGACAGAAGAAUUGAUGCUGAACUUUUCAUAGAUGUAACAGAUUUUCUUUAAGGAAUUAUGUAUGGUAGAUCUUUACAAAGCCAAGCUAAGCUGUAUAUAAAUAAUGAUAUAACACACUAACAAAUGGUAAAGAAAGUUGUGAAUCGGGGGAGUGAAUUGAAUAUUGGAUCAAAUUAUCCCUCUUUUGAGGUGAAAGGAAAAACUUGAAUUUUAUGUGAUAAUUCUUUUAUAAUCUCUUUCAUUUGAGGUAGGGACAAUUAAUUUUUUUAGCCAAGUUAUUAUUUAAGAGAUAAGUGGGUCACUAAAGUCUGCUAGCAAUUAGAAGGCAUGCUUUGUUGGCUGACAAUGAACUGCAAAUCGUAAACAAAUGAGUGAGCUUGAGUCACUGUACUCAUACUGGUGAAACUCAAAUUAACUGGUAGCUUUCUUGAAUAAUAGACUUCAUUCUCUUCUGUAAACUAUGAAGGAAUUGAUUUCUUAGGAAAUAUCCAGAUUUAAAGAAAUCAAGGGCUAAGCUAGGCACAGGAACCUUUAUUUAAAGUUUGAUAAUAUCUACUACCUAGCUAGUCUAGUAUGACUAAGUAGUUCUCUUUCAAAAAUAACAUAUUCUUGCAUAUUCUUUCUUUCCAAACAUGUAUGCCCAUCUCAGCAAAUACAAAACACUGAAAAGAUGGUGUGAAAGGACAUAUAUAUAUAUGCCAUCUCUUCAAUAUACUCAGGAAUUUAGCUUGGUUAAUUAAUUUUAGUAGUGGAAAUAGAUAUGGCAGAACAAGAUAGAUUUCAUUCCCUUUGGAUGAUAUUAACAACAAAUAGGAAGUUUUAAAUGGCAGGAUAAAUUGAAUUUAAGUUUUAACAAAGAGCUGUCACAGCAACCAUGCUUUCAAAAGGGCUAGCCUAGCUAAGCAUGCAAUAGCUAUCGCUAAUAGAUUGGCUACUUGGUGAUGAAUUAUCUGGCCAUGGCAACUCAUGAAACAAAAAUGCAAAAUGACUUGUAGUCCUGUUUGAUGUUCUUGUAUUUCUGUAGUGAUGGUUGUAGAGUAUGGAAAAAGGGGAAAGAGGGUACAAAAAAAUCACGAUUUUUAAGCCAUCAAUAAAAUUUAACAGCCAUUGGCACCCCAAAUGUGAGGUACUUCUAUAAUGACUAAUGAGCAGACAUAACUACAUAAGGAAUGGAAUUCUAUUGUUGACAUUCUCAAUAUAAAAAGUUUGAGUGAAAUAAAAAGAUGAUUUUCAAGUUUUCCUUGGAGAGACAAUUAAAUUGAUGCAGAAUUGCUUUUACUGUAUUCCCAAAGCUAACAAGAUGUUUCCUGAAAUAUUUGGUCAUUUCAUAUAGUAGUGUUCAUGGUAAGUGCCAGAAGACCAUUAUGCACCAACAUCUAUUAGGAUAAAAAGGUAGAGAAGAAAUAUAGGUAGAUGUGUGUAUGUGUCAUGGACCCCUUUGGUUGUCAGAUGAACCCUACUUAGGCCAAAGAACAUUGUUUUUAAGUGCAUAAGACACAUACAAUUAUACUACAUUACAUAUGGUAUAUGUAAUUUACACAUAUUUUAGUUCAUGGACCCAAGGUUAGGAAUCCUUGUCUCUAAAUAAAAAUAUACUUUGAUAUAUCAACAUAUGGAUAGAGAUAAGGAUGGCCAAAAAAAAAAAAAUGUUGACACAGGGUAUAGCAGUAAAGAAGUCAAAGACAUUGAACUAAAGUCUCAUAUCUAUGUAUUAAGGAUAUUUUGAGAAAACAAAUCUAAAAGAAAUAGAUCUGAUGAGUACUAAACAUUUUUUUAUGAAUUGAAUUUCUGUUUACACAAGAAGUGAUAUAUUGAUGUGGGAGUCAUUUCUAAAUGAUCUGUCUAUACUCAGACUAUUGGAUUAUUAGAGCAAAGAUGAAAAUUAAUACAAAACUAAAGGAAGGAAUAUAUAAUACUAUUAAACCUGCACAGUUUUAUGUCCAAAAAAUGUGA